UGCUACAGGCAGUCGCUGUCUCAUCAUAGUCGAAGUUGUGUGUCAGGUGUGGUAUCAGCCUCUGCACCGGUGAAACGCUUUCGGUUCUUGCGGGUGUUGUAGAUUCGAAAUUUCUCAGUGACAGUGAAACAUUUUCUGUUACUCAGCUGUUGAUAGCGAGUGUUCUACAGUGAGAGCUGGUGAUUGCUACACUUGGAAUAAUGUUGACGUAAAGUUUUAUUCGGCUUGGCGCGAUUUUACAAAAUUAAUAUAAGCUAACUUGGUUUGAACUUGAAAAUAAGAUUUAACCAGAAACAAUGAAUAGUGUAAAGACGGACAUGGCACCCCCCAGCGGGUUCUUGAGACGUGCAGUUGCCGGAUGCACUAAUGAAAUGCAAACAAUUAAUUGCAAUGCACCUCGUGACAGACUUCCUCCCAUAUCUGCCAUUACAGUGACUCAAGCUCAUUCUUCCGUUAGUGACAGUAAAAACCAUGUUAGAAGGGUAUCUUCGAACACUGUUUGCGAUUCGUCGUUAGACCGCAAAUGCUUUGAAAGACCACAUCCGUACUCCAUGCUUACUCGCAACUACGCCGACACGUCUUCUAGGGUUUCAUCAAGCUUGCCCAGUAUUAGGCACCCAGGUUAUCCUCGGGAGCGAUUGGAUUCUAACGAUUCCAAACACCCUGAUUCCAAUUUUCACAUAAUUCCACUUCGUGCUUUCCACGGAACUGAACCUAGAUAUCCUCGCUCUAGGCAGUCAGAAGAGAUGUUCUAUAAUCAGGACCUGAGACAAGAUCUCAUUGACAAGCGAUUGCAAGAUGAAGUCUCAAACACUUACUUUACCGCCGAUCAAAGCUACGACGAAACACUAAAAAGAACCAAUGCCACAUAUUCUGGCUCUACAGGCGAAGACGGAACUUGUGUAAAGACUGAACGCUCUGCUUCUCCUACGAUGAACUCAUCCGACAUGCAUGCAUUUUCUCCGCCGCCACCCAUGACUUUACAAGAGCCUUCGCCUAGACUGGACUCAACGCAAUAUUCGACCAUUAGCUACUCCCAAACUCAGUUGACUCCAAGCCCUUUCACGUCAUCUACAGUGUACUCUCCUCCAUCGUCCCCUCCUGAUAAUUCUUCUAAAUGUAUCAAGAUCGUUAACAAAACGGCGUACCUUUUGGAGAACAACCAGCAGGUGUCGCCACCGCGUUGCGAAUCAACUUUCGAGUACCUCUGUCCUGCCACCCCUAACACUCCAAAUCAUCCUUUCGCAUCAUCUCACAGCGAGUUGCCUGGUGCUAAAUGCGUCUCAAGUCUCGAAACGUCGGCGCCGGUGACUCAAACUGAGCUUCCAAAUCGUAGUUCUUGUGAUUCAAAAAUGCUUCUGGAGUCCGGUCCGAUUCUAGACAACAGCCCUGUUCACAGCGCAUUGCCUACAUCGACCUCCGAUGUUACGCCGAUGCCGAAUACUCCAGAGAAAGGCAAAGGAAGUCUUUAUGCGGUGAUCGAUAAAGUGAUAAUUGAGUUCGAUGGCAGGACGCUAUUGUGCCGCGUGUGUGGCGACCGCUCCUCUGGAUUCCACUACGGGGUUCACUCCUGCGAAGGCUGCAAGGGUUUCUUCCGCCGGAGCAUCCAACAGAAGAUUCAAUACAGACCAUGUAGCAAGAAUCAGCAAUGUCUGGUGCAGAAAACCAACCGCAACCGCUGUCAGUACUGCAGGCUGAAGAAAUGUAUUGAAGUCGGCAUGUCUAAAGAUGCCGUGAGGUUCGGUCGAGUUCCCAAAAAUGAGAAGGAACGCAUACGCCAGGCUAUGGAGAAAGCCUACAGCGAAAUCGUGCAGCAGGAUACUGACUACGAUGAUGACUAUCUCAUCCAGAACAUCACCCGUAGCCAUCUGCAGUCUUCUGCAAUUGCUAAUGAGAACAUGAGAGAGAUCAUCAGAACUAGUGAAGAACACCCACAAGUUGCCAAUAUCGAUCCUAUUUCGGAUUGCCCGUUGAAUCCUUACGUUGGAUCAGAAGAUUUUCAACAGAAAUUUUCUCCCAUCGUCAGGGAUGUGGUUUCCUUCGCCAAGAACAUUCCCGGCUUUGCCGACGUGAAGCACGACGACAAAAUUACUCUGCUCCGAGCGUGCGUGUUCGAAGUGCUGCUCAUCAGAUUUGCCAGGCUCGUUGACGCCAAGAAUAGGAGAAUGAUCACGAUCAGCGGAUACAUUAUCAAUGCCAGUAUUUAUGCCAACAUCAAGCCAUCAAACGAUUUCGUUAAUACUCUCUUUACAUUUGUUGAGAGAAUCAAUACCCUCAAAUUGACUGAUGAAGAAAUGGCGCUUUUCAGUGCAGCUAUUGUGAUGAAUCCUAAGCGACAAGGACUUAUUGACUCUUCAAAAGUUACAAGUUUGCACUCGAGAAUCGUGCAGUGCCUCCAAAACGUCAUGCAGCGGGAAAGGCCGGAUACUCCGUCCUUGUGUCAAGACUUGCUGGGCACUCUCAAUGAUCUGUGGAUAUUGAAUGGUAUGCAUUCCAAACAAACUCAAGUAAAACUGAGGGGUUGUGACCCGAGGAUGGACGUCAACAGCCAUCAUACUGAUUCUUAUGGCUCCCAGUAUACUUAUUCAGAAUACCCAGAGGUGCGUGGUUGCCCGAUGAGAUUCACUAACACAUCAGAGUAUGAAGAAAAAAUAAUUCAAAGCGAAGAACAAACAAGGCCCACGUCCCCAACUUCUUCGACCUUCUGCGCCGACGAAGAAAUGAGAUCUCCGGGAUCUGCUGAUUCUGGUUGUUCGACGGAUUCAGGAUGCUCCAUCGAAUCAGUCUGUUCGACAGACUCAGGAUGCUCCAUGCAUAUGGGGAACAAUGAGGGUGUCCGUACUCCUCUUCCAUCUGAAGAGCCUAGAGAAACUAUGUCGGUACCCGACGAUGAAACGACCGAAAGGUUCCGUAAAUGCUACAUCAAGAGAAAACCUCAGAUGGAAGAAUGCAAGCCCAUCAUCGACAAGAAUCGUCUCAUGUCGUGGCACAAGCCCCAGAAAGACGGUGAAAAGCUCUCUGACAGUCCAGUACUGCGAAUGUGUCUCGAGGCACCUUCAACUCUGAAGAUGGAAACUUUCAAGGAUGUCUAUCGUGGAGCUACCGCUCAUUCACAUCCUCACAAAAAAUUUAGACCAACCAUGGAUCGGUCAAACCUCCCUCACGAAACUCUGGAGUACAAUCAUUCCUCACCUCGGCCAUCCACUACCCCAUCUCCAUCUUUUAGCUGCUCGCCCUCUCCAUCUUCAUCAAUCUCGUCAUCUCCAUCAAGAAUUUCUUCUUCACCGUAUUCAUCCUCAGCUUCUGAUCCCUCUUCCCCGGCAAAUGUUUCAAUUCUCGCCCAUAGGUUAGCCAUGCCUUGUAAGAAAUUUCCCAGGACUUCGAGUUUAGUCCAGUCAUUAACACAGGAAUCCAAAUUCGGCACUGGCAAAGCAUUAGUUAGUGAUACUCUUCAUGAUUGUAUUAUGAAUGGCCAAUCAAAGAUUCCCCGACAGCAUGUUUUAGCAGCCGCUUCCCCGUCACGAUAUGAUAGCGGUCGCAACAACUCCAGUCCUCUUCGUACCCAAACUUUUAUGACAUCCCCCACUCAUUCAAUGACCACAUCGCCUCCUCCUCUUGACGAUGCCCCACCUCACCAUUACUCAUCACCUAUCCCCACUGCCCACACUUCACCACCACACACUCCUGCUGGUCUCGGGGCAUCGGCAAUGUCUGCUUGCAAUUUCACCAACCCUUACUUGUGCGACAAUGCCGAGCCAUUAAACUUAUCUACCAAGACUCCAUCUCCACCGCCCGCUAUGGAAAUCUAGUUUGAAGAGAAAACUAUGUGAGAUGACUUCGGGAUGCUUGCUGUUCCGUGGUUGACCCUCAGAAGUGACCUGUGAUAAGGCAAUGCAGUUUCGACUAACCAACCACGAAGAAACUAUGCUGCUGAAUUAUAUGAAUUCAUUUGUACCUCAAUAGUUCAAUUAUUUCGAAUGUGAUACCUAAAUUUUCCAUGUUUGGAACUAAAGGUAUUUUCGCUGAGGUAGCAGCACCAGCUAUGCUGGCGUAGUGCAAACGGGAAAGAUUCACCCUAUUUUAAGUACAAAUUUUACUUCUGACGUCUUUGGCUCUUCUCACCGAUAAGGCUGGUCUUGUGACCAAUGCCAUGUGAUGUACCUAGUUCAGUAUUCAUCAUUUGUCCAUCGUUAUCGUUUUGAGGACCAGAGUUUUCAUUCUCAUAAAUUCCCAUGCCUUUCGUGUAGCCCAUUCACUCUAGAAGGGUCUUGUGUUAUAAGAUCCUCUCAUAUCUCACGCCACGAAAGUUGUCAUCUGUAUGAUACAAAUUCAUAUUUCAUUGAAUGUUAUUGUAGCGUACCUUUAAUUCUCACUCGCUGUGCAUAUCGUAGAUAUCAGAACACUUCUCUCUUUUGGGUAUCUUGUGCGAUCAUUGUAAAUAAAUGACUCUCCGAUUAAAAAUCGCCGAUGUUGAGUGCAAAAAAACAACAGGAGAAGUGGGAUCCCAAUUGGAGCAGCAGAGCUUGCAUCUCUCUCCUAAUAAUUUGCUGGUUGAUUCUUUUGCAGUUGAUUUGUUAAUUUUAGAAAAAAGGCGGCGAAGUGGCUUAUACUUCGUAAUUACCAUUCCCCUUUUUAUCUGACUCGAGUGUUAUUUGUGAAUAUUUCUCUAAUGGAAGUACUUUACCAACUAAGUAAUGUUUCUUUCCUAGAUCUCGCAGUAUAUCAAAUGCUUCGUUGUUGUGUAAUGAUAAAACCUUGGAUCAUUUUGUUGUCCUCACGUUAAGACUUUUUGUAUAUAAGUAACAUUGUACGAGCUUAUUUAUUCGAUUAUUUAAAAUUUCCCAAAAUUGUCGCUCACGAACCAAGGAAGUAUGAAACAGUUCGCCACUCUUCUUUUGUGUUGACGAUAAAGCACUUGACUGAUUUGAGACUCGUUGUUUUGUUUUCUUAACGAUAAAUUUGAUUUAAGUAAUUUGAUGGAUUUAAUAUCGCCAGCAUUACUUUUUUCAUACUUUGUGAAGUUAUUAACGAUUUUAUUCUUACAACUAAUUCGUCAUGCCAUUUACUCUACAAUUAAAUUUGCAAUAGAAUACAAGAUAUCGGCCUUACCGUGUGAAGACGCUCACGUUCACCACGAAUUAAAACAAUUCUGAGUGUUUAAAUUGACUGGUGAUCUACGGCUACCUAAUGCAUGCACAGUUUCUAGCCAUAUCCAUGAAUGUGUGAGGCAAAAAGAAACUGUUAGACCAUUUACAUCAAUUUACUGGUCGGACAUGUUCGUUGUACUUGUUUCUUAUUUGUACAUUUGGGGAGUAACUAUGAUAGUUGAAUAAAUGUUUUGAAAUACA